AUGGGUUGUAAUCCUUCAAAAAUAUCCAUUCAUGAACCUUAAUUAUUUUUAAAUUAAAGAAAAAUUGGAAGGAAUCCUAAAUAGUUAACAGAUAUCUAGUAAAAUAUUGACAGACAUCUAAAAUAAUAAUUAGGAUAAUCAAAAACAAAUGCUUCCUCUCCAAAUACUAUAAUAACAUCUACAAGUAUAUUUUAUCUUAAUAUUUAGGAAGUUCAAGAAUUACAGAUCAUUAAAUUGAUAUUUCAAAGUCUACCAAUAUUUUUUAAACAGACUAAGCUUCUUAACCACUUUAAAGAAGAUCUUUAUAAUGA